AUGAGCACCUAUCUGACAAUAUCGCCAUCUCGUGUCACGACUGCAUCUCUGAUCCCGGCCCCUGCGCUAGCAUCAAGCAGAUACAACCGCCAACUCCUCGUCCCUCAACUUCGCCUCAGUGGCCAGAAUCAUCUACUUCAAUCCAAAGUCCUGAUCAUCGGCCUAGGCGGUCUAGGAUGUCCCGCAGCAUUGUACCUCGCCGGUGCGGGCGUCGGCAGAUUGGGUCUCAUGGACGGUGACACGGUCGAGCUGGGCAACCUCCACCGUCAAAUCGCACAUACGGAGUCCGCUGCACGACAAGGUCUAUCUAAAGUGAAGUCCGCAGCAGCGCGGUGUCACGAAAUCAAUUCUACGAUCGAGUUCGUGUUGUACGAGACGCGAGCGACCGCUGAGAAUAUUCUGGGUGUCGUCAAGGAUUACGACAUUGUUCUCGAUUGCAGCGAUAACCCAGCGACGCGGUAUCUGGUAUCAGAUGCGUGUGUGGCGUCGGGUAAAGUUCUCGUCAGUGGAGCAGCGCAACGUGGAGAGGGAAGCCUGAUCGUGCUGAACUCGCCGCCUACGGCCGACAAGGGCCCCUGUUAUCGAUGUGUGUUCCCGCGCCCACCACCGCCAGAGAUGGUUCGUGGGUGUAGUGAGAUUGGAAUCCUAGGGCCGGUGGUCGGCACGAUUGGCACGUUGAUGGCGGGUGAGGCGAUCAAGAUUAUUGCACGGGGAGGGCACCUUGUUGGUGGUGCAGGUCACGAGCAGGAGCAGAAGCGGAAUGAAGGAAAGGCACCAACUCCGCAUACGAUGCUGUUGUACAAUACCUACGCGGCUGAUCCGAAAGGUAUAUUCCGGACUAUUACGCUUAGAGGACGGCGGAGAGAUUGUCUGGCGUGCGGCGACGGUGAGGCGUUGGCGAAGAAGGGACUGGACUACCAGGCAUUUUGUGGGGUGGUGGAGGAUGUCAAGGUUCUUGAUGAUGAGAGGCGGAUUGAUGCAGCGGAUCUUCUGCGUGGUGGUAAACCAGGACUCGUGGUCGAUGUACGCGAGGAGCAUGAGUAUGAGCUUGGGACUAAGGUAGACGGAAGUGUGAAUAUCCCUAUAUCCAAGAUUCUAAGAUUGGGAGGUGGCGCGUUUGACGAAUUGGAGAGGCUUCGAGAUGGCACAGAGCAGGAACGAGGUUCCAUACCGGUGUACUUUGUCUGCCAGCGCGGGAAUGACAGCCAGAUUGCUGCGCAGAAAUUGAUCGAGCGAGUCAGGGCCGACAAUGGGUCAGAAUCAAUGUCGAAAUGGGGCUGGAUAGGCGAUGUCAAAGGCGGGUUUCUUGCGAUGGAGAAGUUUGCGGUCUCAACUUCGUGA